AGGGUGGGAGUUUCCGUGUUUGAGUAACCUCAGCGGGGCUGUGGGUGUUCGAGACCGAGCUAGUGUCUGUGUGAGAAUCGGCGGACGUGGACAUGGACCCCGACACUUUGCUCUACGAUGUCCCCCCGGCUGUGCUGGAGAGCUUCCACAGGAUCAUGGACGGCGGAGGGGACACGCUCGGGUGGCGAGGACUGGCUGUCCGAAUCCUCCCCAGCUACUUAGAACUUCGCAUGCUGGAGCGCUUGGAGGUGGCAGGUAGGAGUCCCAGCAGGGAGCUGCUGUGGUCCUGGGCCCAGCAGAAUACAAGGGUGCGGGACCUGCAGAAGGUGCUGCAGGACAUGGGCCACCUCAGGGCCCUGCAGCUCUUCGAGGGUCCAGCUGAAGUUUCAGAAUCACCUUUGCCUCCCAGCCAUCAACGAGCAGAGUCCAAAGGGCAGACGUCAGCAGCUGAAGUGAAGUCAGAGGUGAGCCCCUCGAGUCAACCUUCAAAUCUCAUGUGGUCGGCAGCAGGAAACAAGCCACUCGUACUCACUUUGCAAGACGUCAUAGAAGGAACCCGGGGUUUUCAUCCUGAAACGAGAAUCGCGGGAGGCAGAUUUGCUAACGUCUACAGAGCACGGAUUGGAAAUAAUACAUUAGCAGUGAAGCUUUUCAAGCAGAUAAACGGUGUGUCCUGGAGGAAGCUGUGGGACGCCUUCAAAAAAGAAAUGGAGGUUCAUCACAUGUAUCAACAUCCGAACAUAGUGGAGCUGCUGGACUGUUUCUCCGAUGAGGACCACUACUGUCUGGUCUACCCAUACCUCCACAACGGAUCACUUUAUCACAGACUGCACCGACAGGAUGGAAAGCCCCCACUGUUUUGGGAGGAGCGUCUCACUAUCAUCAAGGGAAUUGCAAAGGCUUUGCAUCACCUCCAUUUGGCCCAGCCCUGCCCAGUGAUCUGUGGCAACAUCUCCAGUGAGAACAUACUCUUAGAUGACGCCCUGCAGCCCAAGCUGUCUGACUUCGGGUUGGCCCGUCUACGUCCUUAUAAAGCCAGUCAGCAGUGCACCAUCACUCUCGAGACGGAUUACCACAGCAACCUGGGAUACCUCCCUGAGGAGUACAUCCGCGACGGCAAGCUCUCCUUCAGCCUGGACGUUUACAGCUUCGGAAUGGUCAUUAUGGAAACAGUGACAGGAAGGAAGGUCAUAGACGAUCCUCCCAAACGAACACUGCUGAGAGACUUGAUAGUCACAGAGGUGGAGGACAGUGGUGGUGGUGUGGACUCUUGUCUGCAGUUUUUGGACAAGACGGCCGGUUGUUGGCCGACAGCAAUGGUCGUCAGCCUCCUGGGUCUGGCCUUGGACUGCACUGCAAACCGCCCCCGCCACAGACCAAGCAUGGAGAACAUACUUCUGGCACUGAGCCAGCUGCUCCCUCCGCCCAGAUGCCCGCUGGCCGACCAACCCCGCAGCCUGCAUGACGGAGCCGCUGUUGAUGCCCCACAGAGCGCCUCAUCCUCCAUACCCGUGGAGCACGAUGAGCAGCACAGCCCCCUUGCCUCUCCGGUGCUCACAGGGCCCUGUGAGUACAGCCAGUCAGAGGUGACAUAUCUGAGUGACAUUAUGGGUGCCCAUGGCGAGGCAGCCCCCGACCUGUACAACAGCAUGCCCGUGGAGUGCAGCUGCUCGGCCGAGGCAGCUGGUCAGGUCUGUGAGGACUGCAGGGCCAACAGGAUCACCCACGACCUCGCAGAGGGACCUCGGUAUCCCAGUGUGGUGGAAAACGAAGCCAAGGGCAGGCUGAUGAAUAAACUGAGUCUGUACAACCAAGGGCUGAUUCACACAGAGGAACUGUUCUCUGAGGCUGGGCUGCAGUAGAGGGCAGAAUUCCUGUUACGGUCCCGACAACGUUUCUGUGCACUGAUCGGAGUGUGUGUGUGUGUGUGUUUCUGUCUGUUAGCUCCUGUAGCCUCCCUGUAAGCUUUUGUAUAUAGCUCAUACAUGGUAAUACCAUGUUUCUCAGGUAAUCUGCUCAUAAGUGCACAGCUCUAAGUUUAUUAGUUCACACCUGGCAUUAGAGUGUGUCUCUACAUGGGUCUCCUGUGACUGGACCUCUCCACUGUAUAUGCAAAUACAUAAGUACAUUAUUAUUGAAGUGUAUUUAUAUGAAUAUAAAAGGCAUUCUUGCCUAUAUUUGAUCAUGACAGUAUAAAGGUGACAUGAAAUUGGCUGAGAGAGUAAAGGAAAUGACAUGUUUCCGAUUGCAAAGACCAAAUAAUGUUAUUGUUUUUGGCCGGGUGAGGGCAGCAAUCCACCACCUGUGCCUCCUUCUGCAGGAGAAAUUGAAACAGUGCAGAAACAGUACUCAGUGGAGUGUAGUGGAGUGUGUACCUCAAAACAAUCCUUCUGUCUUGUUCUUAUGAUAAUUAAGUUUAGGAUCCAUACAGCUGCCAGCCACCAGGGGGCGAUCCAAAUAAUCUGGCCUCACUUUUAGGGAGCUGUCAUGUCAUCCAUUUGUAUAUACAAUUUACAUACUGUCAAAAGAAACCAGAGAACAUCACAGUGAUAGAAGUAUUAUAAUCAUCGUUAUUAUUAUUACUGUUACAACUGGCAUUUUUAGAAUGAUUGCCACUACUGUUAUCAGCAUUAUUAUUUUUCCGUUAUGAUCUUCAACAGGUUACUACCACUAUAACUUAUUUUCUGAAUCAAGAGAGGCUCUGUAAAGAUUUUUUUUUCAAUGAGAACGUCUCUGUUUGUACCUUUUCCUUAACUGACCCUGAUGCAUU